GCUCGCCAACCUAAAUUGGUCAAAAAGGGCAACUUUCAAAUAUAGAUGAAGCCUAUAGCUACUUUGUUACCUGAUAUUGAAAACAUGAUAGACCACUUCACGAUAAUUAUGGCUCAUCAAAGCUCUUGCUGAGUUGUAUGUACUGCCAUGGAAAGUUUUGUAAAAGAGCAUAAGCCUGAUGAUCUUGAACUUCAAGCGAAUAUGCGUAUAAAAAGGCAUAAAUUUGCUAUUUACAAAUCAUGUGUUACCAACUUCAAACUUAAAUACCAUGAUAUUUAUCAAACACAUCAUGAUUCUCCCAUAUUUCAUCUCAAAUUAACUGACAUGGAUGUAAAUUGUUUUGAAAUAAACGUAUAUUUGUUAAAGAACAAAAUUUUUGAAAAUGAUUUUGAGUACUGGGAAGCUGCAAUACUUAGUUUCUUGCAAGUUUCAGCUCACGACCGCAAAGUUUCGAAUAAAAACAUAAAAAGACUUGUAUUUCCAAUUCAAAACUUAUAUGGUAAUGAUGAGAUAAAAAAUCCUGUUUUAGAUAAUCAACUUCAACCUAAAUUUGAAAAUAACGGGAUAAGCAAAUUCUUAGAUGACUUUCUCGAAAGAAGAAAAGAAUCAACCAUCUAUGUACUCCAUGAUGACGACUUCGUUAAAUCAAAAGAAACUAUAACAGACGUCAUGAGUAGUAUGAAAAAACCUAAAAAGGUAUCAGCUCCAAUAUCUCUUACCGAUCUAAAAAAAUCGGAUAUAAAUGAUUGGUCUUGUCCUAAGUUCCAACUUGACGACUGAGUAAAAAAACAAUAACUAGACCUAAAUUUAAAACAAAAGGUACAAAUCUGUCAUUCUUUCAUGUGUAGAAAGUCUUAAUUACAA